CCUAGGCGACACGUGGGCUUGUGUGUUAGCAGUUAGCUGAGUAGCGCGACGGGUCGCAUCGUUAAUCGUUCUCAUCGAGUUUCAUUGGAACCAGAAACCCAGAAGAAGAUGGCUGCUGCCGGGAUUCAAGGCAGGAAGAGGCUGCUAAAGGACGAGGACAUGACCAAGGUGGAGUUUGAGACCAGCGAGGAGGUGGACGUCACCCCCACCUUCGACACGAUGGGGCUCCGGGAGGACCUACUCCGCGGGAUCUACGCCUACGGCUUUGAGAAACCGUCCGCCAUCCAGCAGAGAGCCAUCAAGCAGAUCAUCAAAGGCCGGGACGUCAUCGCUCAGUCUCAGUCCGGCACAGGAAAGACGGCCACCUUCUGUAUUUCGGUGCUGCAGUGUCUGGACAUCCAGGUGAGGGAGACCCAGGCCCUGAUCCUCGCCCCGACCCGAGAGCUGGCGGGACAGAUUCAGAAGGUGCUGCUGGCUUUGGGAGACUACAUGAACGUCCAGUGCCACUCCUGCAUCGGAGGAACCAACGUGGGCGAAGACAUCCGGAAACUGGACUACGGUCAGCACGUGGUGUCCGGCACACCUGGACGCGUGUUUGAUAUGAUCCGGCGCCGCAGUCUGAGGACCAGAGCCAUCAAGAUGCUGGUUCUGGAUGAGGCUGACGAGAUGCUGAACAAAGGCUUCAAGGAGCAGAUCUACGACGUGUACCGCUACCUGCCUCCGGCCACGCAGGUGGUUCUGAUCAGCGCCACGCUGCCACACGAGAUCCUGGAGAUGACCAACAAGUUCAUGACCGACCCGAUCCGGAUCCUGGUCAAGCGUGAUGAGCUGACCCUGGAGGGCAUCAAGCAGUUCUUCGUGGCCGUGGAACGCGAGGAGUGGAAGUUCGACACUCUGUGUGAUCUCUACGACACGCUGACCAUCACCCAGGCCGUCAUCUUCUGCAACACCAAGAGGAAGGUGGACUGGCUGACUGAGAAGAUGCGAGAGGCCAACUUCACGGUGUCCUCGAUGCACGGAGACAUGCCGCAGAAGGAGAGGGAGUCCAUCAUGAAGGAGUUCAGAUCUGGAGCCAGCCGCGUCCUAAUCUCCACCGACGUGUGGGCCCGGGGUCUGGAUGUCCCUCAGGUGUCCCUCAUCAUCAACUACGACCUGCCCAACAACAGAGAGCUCUACAUCCACAGGAUUGGUCGGUCAGGUCGUUACGGGAGGAAGGGUGUGGCCAUCAACUUUGUGAAGAACGAUGACAUCAGGAUCCUGCGAGACAUCGAGCAGUACUACUCGACCCAGAUCGACGAGAUGCCCAUGAACGUGGCAGACCUGAUCUGACCUGAUGACAUCAGAGCCCCGCCCCUUCUGUUUUCUUUUUAAUUGAUCUGAAGCUUGUUUCUGUUUUACCUGUUCAGGUGACGUUGGCUGCAGAACGUCAGCUGUUUUUGUAAAUAAAGUUCUUUUGGGUUCAUGUUU